AUGGCGCUGUGGUACUCCAGGGUGCCCCAGGCGCUGUGCUACGCGGAGUGCCACGGCGUCAUCUAUGUCAUCGACUCCACGGACGAGGAGCGGCUGUCCGAGUCCAAGCGGGCAUUCGAGAAGAUGGUCACCAGCGAGGCCCUGGACGGCGUCCCCAUCCUGGUGCUGGCUAACAAGCAGGACGUGGAGCCCUGCCUCUCCAUCCCGGACAUCAAGACGGCCUUCAGCGACUGCGCCUCCAAGGUUGGCCGCCGCGACUGUCUCACCCAGGCCUGCUCAGCCCUCACAGGCCAGGGGGUGCGCGAGGGCAUCGAGUGGAUGGUGAAGUGCGUGCUGAGGAACCUGCACCGGCCGCCGCGGCAGAGGGACAUCACCUAGGCCGCCCGGCCCUGCCUCGCCCGCCCUACGGACAGUGUCUGUUGUCCAGAGCUGUGUGGGCGCCGGAGGCUUCUGCGCGGGGAGUGGGGCAGCUGAGCCGGCGGGCGUGGUAGGGUACCCGGCCGGAAGCGGGGUCCUCUGCAGCAUGGGCAUGUGGGCCACGGACGCCGUCGCACUUGGAAGGACACUGGCCCGCUGUCCUCCCGGCCCCAGGCCUCGGGGUGGGUCCCACAGUGGCUCCUCCCUGUGCAGCCUGGGCCUGGGCCGGCUGCUGGCCGUCGGGCUCUGCCCUGUGGGCCCGGCAAGGCGGCUCUGACCCAGGAGACUCGGCUACCAGGACACCCUGCCUCUCCCCACCACCAGGAGCUGCCCUGCCACGGCUGGGGCUCGUCAGGUCCCCCCGGGGCCCAGCAUGGGUGGUUCCUGUCCCUCCCCUAUGAACUGGCACCAGGGACUGCUGGGAACGGGGAGUCAGGGCCCUGCCUGGGUCAGUGGCCAGGUGGAAAUGCUUGGGCUCCUGGGGAGUCCCCUGCUUUCGGGGUGUGGGUGGGACAAGAGGAGGGUGUCCCCUGCCCUGAGGCAGGCUCCCAGAGACAGCAGCUUAUAGAGUGCAGCUGGGGGCCACCCGUGUCCCCGAAGAACACCCCACACGGAAGGGAUCCCGCGGUCAGGGCCCCACCAGUCUGAAUGGACACAGGCACUAUCACAAAAGGGCUUUAUGAAAAAUAAACUUUCCUGAGCGCC